AUGCCAGAAUCACUCUCCUUGCCGGUUGCUCCAACACGCGAAUUCUGGGCGCAUGUUAUAGAAUCUAAAAUCAAUGCUACUAUGCGAAAUGAAGGAGACAUGAUUGGUUGGGAGGAUGAUAACGAGACUGUUGGCCCAGUGGCCUUGGCGGCUAAGGGGAGUCUUUUACGAGCACUCCCCCAUAUCAUGCCACUAGAGCACACUGACCAAUGUCUUUGUCGCUUUGUUCUUGAAAACGGCGACUUUGGAAUCCAUAAUACUACGGUAAAAAAAUUGCCAAGUGAGCGUGCUCUUGUCACAUCGCUAUACGACUGGGAAACCGGAUGUAUUGCCCCUGCAAUUCUAUCGGAUCCUUUAGUAGCAGUCAAUCCGGUCGAUUUAAUCACCGAUGGAAGUGGUGGGCCAUCUGUGACCCGAUUACCUAAAGAUGCUACUCCGUCUGACCUUGAAACAUAUGCAGUAUGGGCGCGCCACUAUAUUCGGGUAUGUUAUUCUCUGACCCCAUUAUUCGGAAUCCGAUUUAGACGAGUCGGUGACUAA